UUGGUGGUGACCUUUAACCUCUUCCCUGUGAUUUGAUUGGUUGUUUGUUAACACACAAAAGUUCAGCUGUUUCCUUUCAUUUCAAGCCGGUAACAUGAAAACUUAUCUCAGGGGAAAUACAACAAUAGUUUGUUUUCAGUGGAUUAUGAAGAACUUUACUUUCGUUUUCAAGUAGAUAAAAGUUAAGAGAGAAAGGGACGUCACCCUGGUGAGAGGACUUCUAGUCAAAGGAACCCGGAUGCUAACCUAUGAUGCUAACGUGAUGAGGUUAUGUCAUGAUUAAUUUAACACGAUGAGGACAGCGGGGAGGAUAAAGAAAGGGAACGACGCCUGGAUGAGCUGCUGUAGAGAUGCUGCACAUGAUCAUCCACCUGAAGACAACCUGAGAGAAGGCCUGGCAUGGAGAGGACUCGUAUCAAACCCUUACAGUACGACGUUUCAGACACCAACAACUGUCUGGAGUCCCUCCAGCAGUCCAGUAGAUGUCCACCCCUUCAGAUUCUUCAGGUGGUAUGUCUCAUCCUGGCCCUUCUCCGGGGGCAGGUCUGUCCCCGGGGCCCAUCUUAGGCCCCAGCCCUGGACCGGACCCCUCACCAGGCUCUGUUCACAGUAUGAUGGGACCCAGCCCUGGACCUGGAACACCCAACGCGCCCCACGGCAUGCAGAGCCAGGGGCAAAGUGAAUACUCUCAGGACGCAAUGUAUCCUCUGCACAAGCCCAUGGAGGGGAUGAAUGAUAAGACCAUGGCAGAUGCGAUGCAUUUCGGUCAUAUGAAAAAUGUGGGGAUGAGAUCUCUGCAUAGUGGUAUGGGGCCUCCUCAGAGUCCAAUGGACCAGCACAGUCAAGGAUACCUGUCCCCCCACCCAUCCCCGAUGAGUGUCCAUGAGCAUGCGUCUAGUCCCAUGUCAGGAGGAGGUGGAGGUGGGGGACCCACUCCGCCCCACAUACCUCCCUCCCAGUCAGGCCCCAUGAUGCCAAUGGAUCCACAGGGAGCCAUGCCCAACAUGAGCCAGCAGGGACGAGGACCUUCUGCUUUCAGUCCGGUCCAGCUUCAGCAGCUUAGAGCUCAGAUCCUGGCAUACAAAAUACUGGGGCGCGGCCAACCUCUGCCGGAAAACCUCCAACUGGCUGUUCAGGGUAAGAGGAGUCUACCCACAAUGCAGCAGCAGCAGCAGCAACAACAUCAACAGCAACAACAACAACAACAACAACAGCAGCAGCAGCAGCAGCAGCAACAGCAGCAGCAACAGGCACCCAGUGUCAGUCCUUACAACAGGCCUCAUGGUAUGCCAAUGGCACCCUUGGGUGGUCCACAGGCAAGUCCCUGUCCUACCCCAGUCAUGCAAGGCCACAAUCAAAGCACGGGACCCAAGCCCUGGUCUGAUGGUCAGGGUGCUGAAAAUCAAGCCAACAUUCAGAAGCACCUCACCCCGGUCCCCAGCGGACGCCCGUCCCCCGUUCCCCCUCAGGCCUCCGCUGUGCCAGCUGGACCCAUGCCCGGCAGCUCGGUGACCCCUCAGCCUCCUGGGCAGCAGGUGUCCCCCAUGCUCCAGAUGCAGCAGAAGCAGAACCGCAUCACGCCAAUCCAGAAGCCUCAGGGCUUGGACCCUGUCGGCAUCCUGCAAGAGAGGGAGUACAGACUUCAGGCUCGGAUUGCACAUAGAAUCCAGGAACUGGAGAGUUUGCCGGGAUCUCUGCCUCCUGACCUGAGGACUAAAGCCACAGUGGAGCUCAAGGCACUGCGUCUGCUCAACUUCCAGCGGCAGCUGAGACAGGAUGUGGUGGCGUGCAUGAGGAGAGACACGACCCUGGAGACGGCGCUCAACUCAAAGGCGUACAGACGCAGCAAGCGGCAGACGCUGAGGGAGGCACGCAUGACCGAGAAGCUGGAGAAGCAGCAGAAGCUGGAGCAGGAGAAGAAGCGCAGACAGAAGCAUCAGGAAUAUCUCAACAGCAUCCUUCAGCAUGCUAAAGACUUCAAAGAGUACCACCGCUCAGUGUCGGGCAAAAUCCAGAAACUCACCAGAGCUAUCGCCAACUGGCACACCAACACCGAGCGAGAGCAGAAGAAGGAGACCGAGAGGAUCGAGAAGGAGAGGAUGAGGAGGCUGAUGGCAGAAGACGAGGAAGGCUACCGAAAACUUAUCGACCAAAAGAAAGACAAGCGUCUGGCUUACUUGCUGCAGCAGACAGACGAGUACGUGGCUAACCUCACCGCCCUCGUGUACGAACACAAAGCCGCCCAGGCCGCCAAGGAGAAGAAGAGGAAGAAGAAGAAGAAGAAGAAGGUGGAUGGAGAUGGAGAGGGAACCAGUGCCAUUGGACCUGAUGGAGAGCCCAUGGAUGAAAGCAGCCAAAUGAGCGAGCUGCCAGUCAAAGUGAUUCAGACGGAGACGGGGAAAGUCCUGCAGGGAACGGAAGCUCCCAAAUCCAGUCAGCUGGAGGCCUGGCUAGAGAUGAAUCCAGGGUAUGAAGUGGCCCCGCGGUCAGACAGCGAGGAGAGCGGCUCAGAGUACGAGGAUGAGGAGGAAGAUGAGAUUGCCAAGGCAGAGGCAGAGGAGAAGAAGAUAAUCGAUCCCAGCAGAGAUGGUGGAAGCGGGGUGCCAGCCAAGCACAUCAUCGAGUCGGCCAAGCAGGACGUGGACGAUGAGUACAGCGUUCCCACUGGGCAAACCACCUCGACCCAUUCUUACUACGGCGUGGCCCACGCUGUCGUGGAGCGAGUGGAGAAGCAGUCAUCGCUGCUGAUCAACGGCUUGCUCAAACACUACCAGGUCCAGGGCCUCGAGUGGAUGGUGUCCUUGUACAAUAACAAUCUGAACGGCAUCCUGGCUGAUGAAAUGGGCCUCGGAAAAACAAUCCAAACCAUCGCCCUUAUCACCUACCUGAUGGAGUACAAGAGGAUCAACGGCCCCUUCCUCAUCAUCGUUCCUCUCUCGACUUUAUCCAACUGGACCUAUGAGCUUGACAAGUGGGCCCCCUCUGUGGUGAAAAUAGCUUACAAGGGCACCCCCGCUCUGCGCCGUGGGCUUGUGCCCCAACUCCGCAGCGGGAAGUUCAACGUCUUGCUGACCACCUAUGAAUACAUCAUCAAAGACAAGCACAUACUGGCCAAGAUUCGUUGGAAGUACAUGAUUGUGGACGAGGGUCACCGCAUGAAAAACCACCACUGUAAGCUGACCCAGGUGUUGAACACCCACUAUGUAGCACCCCGCCGCCUCCUCCUCACCGGGACUCCGCUGCAGAACAAACUGCCUGAGCUGUGGGCUCUGCUCAACUUCCUGCUGCCCACCAUCUUCAAGAGCUGCAGCACCUUCGAGCAGUGGUUCAACGCCCCGUUUGCCAUGACGGGAGAGAGGGUUGACCUAAAUGAAGAGGAGACCAUCCUGAUUAUUCGGCGUUUGCACAAAGUGCUCCGCCCCUUCCUGCUGCGCAGACUGAAGAAAGAGGUGGAGUCCCAGCUGCCGGAGAAGGUGGAGUAUGUCAUAAAAUGUGACAUGUCUGCCAUCCAGAAGGUUCUGUACCGCCACAUGCAGAAGGGAAUUCUACUCACUGACGGCUCCGAGAAAGACAAGAAGGGCAAAGGUGGAGCGAAGACCCUGAUGAACACCAUCAUGCAGCUGAAGAAGAUCUGCAACCACCCUUACAUGUUCCAGCAUAUUGAGGAAUCUUUUGCUGAGCACUUGGGUUAUCCAAACGGCAUCAUCAAUGGGCACGAACUGUACAGAGCGUCCGGUAAGUUUGAGCUCCUGGACCGCAUCCUGCCGAAGCUACACGCCACAAACCACAGAGUGCUGCUUUUCUGCCAAAUGACCACUCUAAUGACAAUCAUGGAGGACUACUUCAGCUACCGCAACUUCCUGUAUUUACGCCUCGAUGGAACCACAAAGGCGGAAGACAGGGCGACACUGCUGAAGAAAUUUAAUGAGGAGGGAUCUCAAUUCUUCAUCUUCCUGCUCAGCACCAGAGCCGGUGGACUGGGCCUCAACCUGCAGGCGGCGGACACUGUCGUCAUCUUUGACAGUGACUGGAACCCACAUCAGGACCUCCAGGCUCAGGACCGGGCUCACCGCAUCGGUCAGCAGAACGAGGUGCGCGUGCUCCGUCUCUGCACCGUCAACAGCGUGGAGGAGAAGAUCUUGGCAGCCGCCAAAUACAAACUGAACGUGGAUCAGAAGGUCAUCCAGGCGGGCAUGUUCGACCAAAAGUCCUCAGGCUUCGAGCGCCGUGCCUUCCUGCAGGCCAUUUUAGAGCACGAGGAGCAGAAUGAGGAAGAAGAUGAAGUUCCCGAUGAUGAGACCCUGAACCAGAUGAUAGCCCGUAAUGAAGAUGAAUUUGAGCUCUUCAUGCGCAUGGAUAUGGACCGCCGACGGGAGCACGCAAGGAACCCGAAGCGUAAGCCUCGUCUCAUGGAGGAGGACGAGCUGCCUUCUUGGAUCAUCAAAGACGAUGCUGAGGUGGAGCGGCUCACGUACGAGGAGGAGUCGGAGAAGAUGUUUGGCCGAGGAUCGCGCUGCCGUCGAGACGUGGACUACAGCGACGCACUCACUGAAAAGCAGUGGCUACGGGCUAUAGAGGAUGGAAACCUGGAGGAGAUGGAGGAGGAGAUCCGGCUGAAAAAGCGCAAACGUAAGAGGCGUCAGGACAAGGACUCAUCAAGCAGAGACGAAGGGAGCUCCAAGGCCAAGAAGAAACGGGGACGUCCUCCGGCUGAGAAACUCUCCCCCAAUCACCCCAAACUAACCAAGCAGAUGAACACCAUCAUUGAUACAGUCAUCAACUACAGAGACGGGUCAGGGAGACAGCUGAGUGAGGUCUUUGUGCAGCUACCAUCCAGGAAGGAGCUCCCAGAGUAUUAUGAGCUCAUCAGAAAACCUGUGGACUUCAAAAAAAUCAAGGAGCGCGUGAGGAGCCAUAAAUACAGAAGUGUUGGAGACCUGGAGAAGGAUGUGAUGCUGCUUUGUCACAACGCUCAGACCUUCAACCUCGAGGGAUCCCAGAUAUACGAGGACUCCAUCGUCCUUCAGUCUGUGUUCAAGAGCGCCAGGCAGAAGAUUGCCAAAGAGGAAGACAGCGAUGAGGACAGCGAUGAGGACGAGGAUGACGAUGAUGAGUCAGAGUCAGAGGCCAAGUCGGUGUGGGUUAAGAUCAAGCUGAGCAAAGAGGGACGCAGCGGUGACAAAGGCAAGAAGAGGCAGAGCCGAGGGAAAGCCAAGCCGGUGGUCAGUGACGACGACAGUGACGACGAUCAGGAUGACAAUGAUCAGUCAGACAAGAGCGACGACGAGUGAGGACGUGAGGAUGUUGUUUAUAGCACUUAUAAACAAAAGGACAAUAUCUUCCAUAACUGUCUCUUCAGGUUAUAAAUUCUGUAUUUUUUCAUUCGUCCUCUGUGCGUCCGUCUGUGUCGUGUUUCGUUGCACAUUCACCUACCAGCUUGGAAAUGUAUUACUAAUAAUAAUCAAUAAGCUACAGCAAUAUCAA